GAGUAGACUCAGUUGACUUGACACUAAUUUAGAGAAAGUAUUGAUGAUGCCCACCUAUAGAAUCGGAAAUGGAUAUCGGUUUAACAGUUGGAGGUGCGUUCCUCUCUUCAACUCUGCAAGUUCUGUUUGAUCGACUCACCCCACAGUGUGAUUUCCUUAAUCUGUUCCGAGGACGGAGGCAAGAUCAGCGUCUCUUAAAAAAGCUUCAUACUAAUUUACUUGCUCUUCGUGCUGUUGUCCAUCACAUCGAGAUCCAGCAAAUUUGUGACGAAGAUAUUCGGACUUGGCUGAACCAACUUCAGGAUGCUGUGGACACUGCAGAUAACUUAUUAGAUGAGAUCAGUUAUGAAGUUUUGAGAGUAUCUGGUGAGGAAACAAGUCGUUUUUGCUACUUAGACUCCAUGAUGCCCAAAUUGGAAGAGACCAUUGAAACGUUGCAAGACUUGGAAACACAAAUUAAUUGCCUCACGAUCACCCUGAAAGCUCAACUGGUGACGGGUAAAAAGGAUUCACCUAAACGUCUCCCAUCGACUUCUUUGGUUGAUGAAUCAGGGGUAUUUGGUAGACAUCAGGAAGUUGAGGAAAUAAUCAGCAAAUUGUUAUCAUCUGAUGAUGAUGCACAUGGAUCUGGUGAUGUGGUUCCGAUAGUGGGAUUGGGUGGAGUGGGCAAGACAACACUUGCUCGAGCUGUUUACAAUGAUAAGAGGAUAAAACAACAUUUCAAUAUUACAGCAUGGGUUUGUGUUUCAGAAGAAUAUGACGCUUUCAGAAUUACAACAACAUUGCUUGGAGAGAUAAUUGGGUCAUUGGAUUCAAAAGUUAGUGCCAGCAAUCUUAAUCAGCUCCAAAUUAAGCUAAGUCAUAGGCUUAAAGGGAAAAGGUUUCUUUUUGUUCUAGAUGAUGUAUGGAAUGAAAAUUACACUGAUUGGGAUGAGUUAAGGUGUCCUUUUGUUCAUGGACGAAAGGGAAGCAGGAUCAUUUUAACAACAAGAAAACAAAGCGUUGCCAUGAUGAUGGCAAGUGAGAUGAUUCAGUUGAAAUCUCUUUCUGAUGAAGAUUGCUGGUCUUUGUUUAAAACACAUUCAUUUGAAAAUAGAGAUCCCAACAAAUAUCCAGAGCUUGAAGUGGUUGGCAGGCAAAUUGUGGGGAAGUGCAAGGGGUUACCUUUAGCUGUGAAGACGUUGGCAGGUCUAUUGCGCUCUAAAUCAACUAUUGAAGAGUGGGAACGUCUUCUGCAAAGUGAAAUAUGGGAGCUACCAAGUGACAUAUUACCAGUGCUCAAACUAAGCUAUAAUGACCUUUCUCAGGUGCUAAAGCGUUGCUUUGCUUAUUGUGCACUAUUUCCUAAAGAUCACCCCUUUGGUCGUGACGAGGUUGUUCAACUAUGGAUCGCUAAUGGCCUUAUAACACAGGGAGAAAGUGAUGAAACAAUUGAAGAUACAGGGAAUCAAUACUUUUUGGAGCUAAGAUCAAGAUCCUUGAUACAAAAGGCAUCUGAUCUCAAUUUGUUGAAAUGGGAAGCAAGGGAUGUGUUCUUGAUGCAUGACCUUGUCAAUGAUUUGGCUCAAGUUGUGUCUGCAAAACUCUGUCUCAGGCUUGAAGAUUAUCCAAGGACUCACAUAUUGAAAAGAGUUCGACAUUUGUCAUAUCUUAGAGAUUGCUAUGGUGAGUUUGACAAGUUCAAAUCUCUUUCUGGCCUUGAGUAUUUGAGGACAUUGAUUCCCGUAAGGAUUAAUUUUUAUUCAUUUCUGAGCAAAAAAGUUGUGUAUGACAUACUGCCAACCCUCACCUCCUUGAGGGCAUUAUCCUUAUCUGGAUAUCAAAACAAUGAGUUUCCUGAUGCCUUGUUCAUCAAUAUGAAGCACCUACGCUAUUUGGACUUUUCUCGUACAAAAAUUACAAAAAUACCAGAUUCAGUUUGUACUUUGUAUAAUCUACAAACAUUGUUGCUGUUGAAUUGUUGGGGUCUUGUUGAGUUGCCGCCAGAGAUGGGGAGAUUAAUCAACUUGCGUCACCUUGAUAUUCGAGGAACUGGUAUUUCAUGGAACAUUCCUCUACAGAAAAGCAAGUUACAGAUUCUCCUACUUUCUUAUUCAACAAGAUUUGUCGUGGGUGCAUUUAGUGAUUCAAGAAUUGAAGAGUUGGGUGAACUUCAAAAUCUCCAUGGAUCCUUAUCAAUUUCAGAAUUGCAAAAUGUUGUUAAUGGCAGGGAAGCUAUUAAGGGAAACAUGAAGGAUAAAAAGCACCUUGAAGAGCUAUCUUUGUCAUGGAGUGGCAUUAAUGCCGAUGAUUCGCAAAUUGAAAGGGAGAUUCUGGAUAAGUUGAAGCCAGAUAAAAACAUUAAGAAGCUGGAGAUCAAUGGGUAUCGAGGGACAAAGUUUCCAGAUUGGCUUGGAGAUCAUUCAUUUAGUAAGCUCGUCUCAUUGAAUCUCCGGAAAUGUAGGGAUUGCGAUUCCUUACCAGCACUUGGACAACUGCCAUCUCUCAAACAUCUUUCAGUCAGUGGAAUGCAUCGGAUACUGCAAUUGACUCAAGAAUUUUAUGGGAGUGUGUCUUCAGUUCCACCAUUUAGAGCUCUCACAAACCUUGUGUUUAAGCAAAUGCCAGAAUUGAUAGAAUGGCACGUGUUAGAGAAUGGAAGCUUUCCUCAACUCAAGCAUCUUGACUUAAUUAAUUGUCCUAAACUGAUAGGGGAGCUACCAAAAAGUCUUCCAUUUUUAGCUACAUUAAGGAUUUCUGGCUGCCCAAAGCUUGGAGUUCUUCCUGAUGGUCAAGUGGCUAUGUUUGGAAUCCAUUUGAGUUUGAUCCAUCAAAACUUCACGUCUCUUCAAAAAUUGAGAAUUUCAGACAUGCCAAACUUGGUGGAGUUGCCAUCAGAAAUAUGUGGACUAACAAAUCUUGGAGAAUUGAGGAUAUCUAAUUGUGCAAGCUUAAGAAUAAUCAGAAUUCAGGAAAUGCAACAGCUCAUUGAAUUGGUCAUUCGAAAUUGUCCAGAUCUUAUGUCCUUAACAAUUCUGAGUCUACCAGUAACACUGGAAAAAUUGCAUAUUUCACGAUGCGGAAAAUUGGAGUUGGAGUUUCCAGAAGAUAGCAUGACUGGAAGCUGCUGUAACAUGUUCUUUGAAGAAUUAAGACUUGAAAAUUGUGAGUCUCUACGCCAUCUCCCCUUUGGCUUUUCCCUUAGAGUACAUACUCUCAUAGUCUACAGUUGUAGGCAUCUUCAAACGCUAUCAUUUCCACAUGGAAUUGACACCCUUGAAGUAGAAAGAUGUGGGAAUCUUAAAGCACUUACAGUACCAAAGGGAAUUCAUCUGAAAUUUCUGCAUUCGAUGAAAAUCUCAGGCUGUGAUAAUCUGACUUCUUUUCCACAAAAACUUGUUGCUCCGAACUUGAAGUAUCUUUGGGUUUAUGACUGCCAGAAACUGAAAGCACUGCCAGACUGUAUGCAUGAACUCCUUCCAUCUCUUAAAAAUCUUUGGAUUUCGAACUGUCCUGAACUUGAGUCCUUCCCUGAUGGAGGAUUGCCUUUCAAUAUAGAAAUCCUAGACAUCUCUAGUUGUCAAAAUCUGAUAACUGGCAGAGAGGAGUGGGGUCUACAGAGACUCCCUUAUCUUAGAUGUUUCAGAAUUUAUGGUUCUGAUGAAACUUCAAUUCUAGACGUAAGUUGGAAGCUGCCGCAGAGCAUCCAAACAAUUACCAUAGAGGGUCUUCCUCGUCUGAAAACACUAAGUGGGAAAGCUCUUGAGGGAUUCAAGUAUCUUCAAGUUUUGGAAAUUAAGCACUGCCCUCAGCUUCAAUCACUAUCAGCGGAAGGUCUUCAAGGCCUCACCUCUCUUGCAACAUUAGAGAUUGAAGACUGUUGUCAGCUGAAAUCACUUCCAGAAGUAGGGUUGCCUUCCUCACUUUCUGUUCUGAAGAUCUCUUCCUGCCCACAGUUUCUAUCACUACCAAAAAAGGGUCUCCCCUCCUCUGUGUGUCGAUUAGAGAUCAAUGACUGUCCAUUGCUCACUCCUCGUUUACAUAACAAGAAAGCGGAGGACUGGCUAAAGAUUGCUGGAAUCCACACUCUACUUAUAGACUAUGAAUUGGUCUAGUAGUGAAGAAGAACCUGGUCCCUUAUCUGCAUUCUUCCAUUGUACUGGAUCAGUAUAAUAUGUGGGAAAAGUUAUUCAUAUGCUGUGAUAUCUGCCAAAACAGAUGGAUGGAGAGAUUCGACUGGUAUGACAUGCAUUUUAGAAGACCGGAGGAAGUAAAUUAUUCUUAUGUUUGACUGAGCGGGCCCAACAUUGACAUACAUAUACCGAAAUCAAAGGAUAAAUACUCACAAGUAGAAGUGAUUUUAAUAAGACAUGGAUAGAACACAUAUAGCUAUACUAAAGAGUGGUGCUCUUCAACAGUUCUUCAAAGCUUGUUCCGCUCUUGGUGAUUGGGUCUGCAGAAAGUAAAAUCAUCUCACUGACAUUCUUAUGCAAUUAUCUUUUAAAAAUAUUCAGUAGAAAAACAACAUCAUACCUCUUACUAAUAAAUGAUUUCAGUGCCUUCACUUAGAACUCGAGCCAUGAUCCCUCCUAUGUUCCUGGCAUUGUAUACAUCUGAAGCUCUAAAGCAAUCAUUGGUUAUCAAUUACUUUCAACGUAUUGCCUGAAUAUACUUCAGCAAACAUUUGUUCCAGAAUCACUAUUACAUCUUGGAAGUCAUUUAAUAAUCAAUGAAGAUAAUUGUAGUUGAUGUUCAUAUCAAAAAGACAUGGUUAUCCUUAUUAUAUCUACACUACAAAUUAGUGUAAGAAAUUUUGAAUUGGAGUUUUAUUUGUACCAACAUUCUGCUUCAUUUCAAUUAGAAUUAUCGAUAUUAAAAGAUAUUUACUUGGAUAGUAAAUGAUUUAGGAAAUAAACAGGACCCGUCAAGACACAAUCAUCAUUCAUGUAUGAAAUUAAAGAAGAGGGAAUUUUUCUUUUACUAAAAUCCGCAUAGAACAUGUAGUAUAUCUUCCAUAUUCAGUAAUCUUUUUUUUUUUAAUUGAUAGAGAGCGCGAAGCUAACCUUCAAACCUGAGUAAAGUUUCUAUUACCACAGAAUACCAACAACAUAUAAAUGCAUCUUCUUACAGCAGCACUCGUGCAGGAUCACUGAAUCUUUGAACUUUACAAUUGUAAAGCAUUAUAGUUGUUGCACACAUCACCUUUAUUUUAUGACCUGGUCAAGAAUUCACCAUGUUUAACCAGCUUUAAAAAAUGCAAUAAAAAAUCACCAACACAAAAAACUAAGAUAAACAACAACACAGAAAAAUGUAGCAACUUCAACCUUAAAAAUGUUUAACAUGUGAAAAAUAAAAAUGAUUUUUUGGAGGAAUAAAUAAUCCUAGAUAUUUAGUAGAACUUUCUAGAGUUAUAAAGAGUAGUACCUUAAGUACUUGAUAUAUCUAGGAAUUGUGUAGAUGUUCUAGAGAAGUAGAUAUUUAUAGUGAAUUAUAGAAAAAUCUAGAUUGUUGUUAGAUAUUUAGAAGAUAGGGUCAUCUAGAUUUUUCUUUUAUAUCUUUCUAGAAUAAUUUCUAGAAGCAUCCGUAUACUAGUAUAAAUAGGGGUAACCUUAGUCACUUGUAAUAAAACCAAAAUCAACUAGGCUUGUUCUAUAUCAAAGUUUUCUUAUUCAAAAUAUUUCUUCUCCUUUAUAGUUUACUCUUCCUUAGUUGAACCUUCUGAUCUUAGUUAACAAUCUUGGGCUAGCAGAAGGAUUCCCCAAUUAUACUCUUCUUCUGCUAUUCUUUACGUAGCAGAGGAAUAAGCUGAUGAAAUUUGAGAUUCACUAUAAGGUAAUUUUGAAAGAGAAAAAAAAGAGGAACUGAAGAAAACAAAAUGGCUUAACCAGAAGCUCCACGCCUAUUACAGAUGUCACACUGAAAGAGCUGCAAGUGAAUUAUAUAUACAUCCUAAAGCUAUCACGCAACUCUGGAGACAAGGAAUUCAAGAUCCAAGAUGUGACCAUAUCAUCACAUCUUUCCCACUGCAUGAAGUUAGGAUCAGUAGAUAUAGGCUUCACAAUUGCUCCAUUAAUAAAGCCUGUUUUGCUUUUAACUGAUAAUGCUCUGAGGACUGCUCUUCGCCAAGAUCUGUAACCUGUACCAUCGAAAACUCCAGGUAACAAUGAUGAUCCUGCAUUCUCUGAAGGAUGCAGGUAAAAAGGACUGGAAAAAUCCAAACGAGAUGUGGUUGAACUAGAAGCAACAUCUCCAACUUGAGUGCCAGUCAUUGUGUUUGAAUAUCUGUGAGAAAUCUAAGACGAAAAACCAAUCUAGAACUUGCUAAUUUCCAGCUAUGAAUGUAUUUCCUCGAUCAGAAAGAAAGAAGAAGAAGAAGAAAUCAAAAGAAUUCACAACACAACCUCUCUCAAUCAAUCAAUCGAAUCAAUUGAUAACAACAACAAAAAAUGGCUCAAAAUUCGACUUCGAAACAGGAACAAUUAGACACCAGGGCUCUGAUACCAUGAAGAGAUUAUCACCAUGGAUUCAACACCAUUGAUGAUCUUCAACUUGAGCUUGAAAGCUUGAACUUGAGAGCAGAUUGAGAGAAGAAAAUGUAUAUUGCAUUGAUUGUGAAUUAGUUGAAAUGAAUACAAUAUGAACCUAUAUAUAAACCUUGAUUAAUAACCCAACUAACUUCUAACUAACUAUUGGAAAUUAACAACUUGUAACUUGUAACUAACUAUCAACUAACUACUGAUUUGUUACUAAUAGAAAGUUAAUGGUAUUGAUGUUAUAUUCUCAUCAA